ACGAUGGAAGUCGAGCGGACGUCGUCAGCGGAGCUCGCGCUGCAAUUUGGACUUCGGACUCGUGCGCAGAAAAAGUGUCGCUCGCGCUCCGGUCGCCGUGUUGGUGUUGCUCUGCGGUGGCAAUGUUGAAGUGUGUAGCCAGGUCUCUGCUGAUGAAUUACGCCACUGGGAGGAGGAUGAUGUCCCAAGGCAACCUAGCAGGAAAGAUCGCCAUAGUGACUGCAUCAACAGAUGGUAUAGGGUUAGCUGCAGCGCGAGCCUUAGGACAGAGAGGGGCUCAUGUGGUGGUGAGCAGCCGGCGCAAGGAGAACGUUGACAAAGCCGUGUCUCUACUGCAGGCUGAGAACAUACAAGUCACAGGCACUACAUGCAACGUGGGAAAGAGGGAGGACAGAGAAAGACUGGUGAACAUGACAGUGGAGCACUGCGGUGGUGUGGACAUCCUAGUUUCCAACGCAGCAGUCAACCCCUUUUUUGGCAACAUUAUGGAGUCUACAGAAGAAGUCUGGGACAAGAUCCUGGAUGUUAAUGUCAAGUCAGCAUUUCUUUUGACCAAACUGGUGGUGCCUCAGAUGGAGAAGAAAGGGGGCGGCUCCAUCGUGUUCAUUUCUUCAGUUGCUGGAUACCAGCCCAUGCAGGGCCUGGGACCCUACAGCGUCAGUAAGACCGCGCUGCUGGGACUGACCCGCGCUCUUGCCCCAGAACUCGGUCACAGCAACAUCCGGGUGAAUUGCGUGGCCCCCGGCAUUAUUAAGACCCGCUUUAGUUCCGCGCUUUGGGAGAAUGAAGGCAUUAUGGAGGAGUUCAACAGACAAAUGGCCAUCAAAAGGAUUGGACAACCAGAUGAAGUGGGCAGAGUCAUUGCUUUCUUGUGUUCUGAUGAUGCCUCCUACCUGACGGGGGAGACCAUCACCGUGACGGGAGGAAUGGGCACCAGACUCUGAGGUCAUGAUGCAGGACACAGGAGGAGCAAACAUUUUAACCCAAACCUCCUUGAGGAGAAGCCAAGUUCAGGUAGUUGCCUGCCAUUCCCAAAUUGUUGGUUCUUCAGGGGGUGGAGAUAAUGGUAACCAAACCAGGUUGUUGAGAACCAAAGGGGAACCUUCAGAUAAAAUUAGCUAAAAAGAUCACUGUUGUUGAAACGUGAACAUGUCCACAGCAUUACAAAUGCAGACCUCAUGUAAUUCGUGAUAUCAUGUAUCUCUAAUAAAGUGCUGUACUCUA